AUGCGAUCUUUGCUACGCAGAAAGCAACAUCUGUUCACGGUAAGUAUAAAACCACUGACACAUCCAGCUCGACCCUCUUUGCUAAGCCCCUCAAGCUCCGCCCCUGGCAUGAUUUAUGGUAACAAACAAGACAUGAUUGCUACUAUAUGCUACAUCGUCGAUAUCCUAGCUUUUCAGAAUCCAUCUAGCUCCGCUGUGAUCGAGGAGGGCGACGGGUUCGCUCACCUCUUCUCUCGCGUAACCCGGGCAGUCGUCGUCAAGGCUCUUGCCAAGCUUGGUGCAGCCUUUGAUGUCAUGGUCACCCGUCACGAGGGAGAGCACAAGUUGUUGGGCUCUUAUAGACCAGAGAUCAUGGAGUCCGGAGCUCUAAAUCGGUCACCGUGGGAUGGUUUGCGUCUCCAGUCAGGUGACGUUGGUUUCCUGGACUGGAACACCGCUGUGCAAGACUUCCGUGGCGCGGUUACCCGCGCGUUGGAGGAUGCGCACAUGACCCAAGAAGCCAUCGACCUUGUGGUCUCGAAUUUGCCCAUCUAA